AUGGAUUCAUUUAGAGGCGGGUCCAAAGGCGCAACAGCAGCAGUUGCAGCGGCGGCGGAGAGGAGAGGGUCGCUGAGGCAAUGCAAGGCUCGCUCAUUCUUCCCUCCUCCCUGUUCCCUCUCCCUCCCCCCUGUUCCCCUUCCCUCCUCCCUGUUCCCCUUCCCUCCUCUGCUUCUCCGUCCCCUUUCCCCCAUCACCCUCCUUCCCCCCACUUUCCCCCCACUUUCCCCCCACUUUCCUCACGUCCCCCCCUCCUCUCCCCCCCCCCCCGUCCCCUUUCCUCCACCCUCUCCGCCAGGCGCAAUGGAUUCAUUCAAAGGCGGGUCCAAAGGCGCGACGGCAGUGGCAGCAGCAGCGGAGAGGAGAGGGUCGCUGAGGCAACGCAAGGUGGCGGCUGAUGUGGUGGCUGUGAUGCUGGAUGAAGGCACGCGGAAGCGAGCAGCAGCGGCGCGACUGGAGGCUCUAGAGAGUGACUAUACCGGGGUGGAUGCUGCUGUGGAUGAGGAUGAUGACGUGUUCAAUGCAGAGGAGGAACUGGUGCAAGAAGGCUUCGCACCAGCCAAGCGAGUGAGCCGUCCGGGCAAGAGGCGCACGAGACAGGCUGCUGCUGCCGUGGUGAGCAGAGCGAGCAAGCGAACUCCCAAGACGUUUGCAGAGCUGCUAGAAGAGGCACGCCCUCCUUACCUCACAGCAGCAGUGGAGCCCGGCUGCUGCCUCUGUGUAUUGUUUGUGUGCUCACCCCUGCCAUGCUUCUCCCUCGCUUCCAUGCCCCCUCCUCACUCCCCACAGGCGAAUCUAGAGACCCUGCCACCAGGCACGCCCUCCUACCUCACAGCAGCAGUGGGCCCUCCAACAGCCGCCUCAAAGACUGCCAUAUCGAACUCUAUCAUGGGCGCGCUUCGUCAUCGCUUUCUGCUCGCGCUCGUCCUCGUGGCGUCUCUAAACUUCCUCGCGGUUUUCGCGGCGCAGCCUCCGCCGGAUGGGUACUACGGCGCGAGUGAGCCGGCGCUGGAAGAAGCAUACGACCAGCGCGCGCUCCUGGAGGCCGAAAGCGAUGCCUCGCUUGACUCCGUUGACUCCGUUGACUUGGAGGACUCGCGGGUGCUUCUCUCGAUGGGGGAUGCAGCGGCGGACUUGAAGCAGACGUCGGACGACCUCAGCGGCAGCGUGAAGAAAGCUGUCGGGCAGGCGGGGAGGAACGUGCGCAACUCGAUCGGCUCCAUGGUCGGAGUCCCGCCCAACAAGGGCACGAAGAAGCACCACCGCCGCGGCGGGAAGAAAACUGGGCGCCGCGGCGGGAAGAAAACUGGGCGCCGCGGCGGAAAGAAAACUGGGCUGGCGGGAACUCGUAAGCGCAAAUCGGGCGCGGCAGCCCCCAAGACGUCCGCUGCGGGGGUUCCGAAGAAGCAGGGGGCGGGAGGUAAGCUCAACUCCGGCGCAACCCCCAAGAAGCCCGCUGCUGCCGCUGCUGGCGCGACGGGGGCUCCUAAGAAGCAGGAGGCGGGAGCUAAGGACACCUCGGGCGCAGCACCCGAGUCCCCCGCUGCUCCCGCUGCUGCAAACGAGCCGCGCGCGCUCCUCGAGGCGGCCGACAGUGAUGCCGCGAUUGACUCCGUUGACUCGGUUGACUUCGACUCCGUUGACUUGGAGGACUCGCGGGUGCUUCUCUCGAUGGGGGAUGCAGCGGCGGACUUGAAGCAGACGUCGGACGACCUCAGCAGCAGCGUGAAGAAAGCUGUCGGGCAGGCGGGGAGGAACGUGCGCAACUCGAUCGGCUCCAUGGUCGGAGUCCCGCCCAACAAGGGCAAGAAGAAGCACCACCGCCGCGGAGGGAAGAAAGCUGGGCGCCGCGGCGGGAAGAAAACUGGCCCCGCGGGAGCUCGUAAGCGCAACUCGGGCGCAGCAGCCCUGAAGACGGCCGCCGCUCCCGGCGCUGCUGGCGGGAAGGCGGUUUCGAAGAAUCAGGCGGAAGGUAAGCUCAACUCUGGCGCGCAUGCGCUGGGAGCAAAGGGCACCUCGGGCACAGCCCCCAAGCCCACCGCUGCCAGCAGUGCUGCGAGCAGUGCUGCCAGCAGUGCUGCACCCAGCAUUUGA